AAGUUCAGUAUCUCUGAUUGUGAAAACUUGUGAAAAUCAGAAGAAAACAGAAAGGAAAAUCUUAAUUUUCCUUGAAAGAUUUUUUUUCUGAAAAAUCGAUAGUUUCGGCUAAGUGAAAAAAGAUAUCUUCAUUUGUACAAGCAUCCAAAGGCUUUCGAUAAGGAUUACAUUUCACAAAAUCAUCAGCUAUCUUAAAAGCAUAAUAAGAAGUGAAACGAACCCCUAAAAGGUUGAAGAUAAUUUUAUAUUUUCGUUCUUGUGAAAGACAAACUUUGCAUACAUGAUCGGAACAUUUUUCAAUCUUUGCCGUGCUUGUCCUUCAUCUAUGCCUCUCGACAAGCUUCAUUCAGAAUAUAGGAGUACGUAUCGCUGGCAUGAAUACACUGCAGGUCCCGAAGUGGUUCGAAAGCCACCGAUGCCUAAUCAUUUUAUUAUUAACGCCCCCAUCAAUGAGCCGCCUUUACCUCGACGUAAAAAAUGUCCCGAAUUAGCUUAUAGGCAUCAUGAAUUUAUUGCCGAUUCAAACGCUGAUAGAACUGAUUCCAAUGUGACUCGCGCACGGUCCGGCGAACGAAACGGCACUCCAUCACGCCGUAGCAAAUCAGAAGGGCCACCAUUAGCUAAUGGUCGAUGCGUUAAUGCAUUGGAAAAUGUCUCUGAAGAGAAACAAAUCAAGGAAAAGGCGGGUGAGUCAAGUGGGAUAUUCAGAAAAACAAUAUCCAAAUUGAGCACAGAGUAUCGUUUACAAUUUGUGUGGCCCAGUGUGCGAAAAGUAACGGGGCCAUCUAAUAAAGACAAAGACAAUCAAAUAUUAUUAGAGCCUCCGAAAAAAUCGCAAUCAAUGGGUGCUUUAAAAUCAUCGCAGACAAACACUUUAGCUGGAAUACAUAAAAAGCGUACAACUAAUGAAGAAAAAGAAGCUGCUGUUCAUGAACUUGAACCUCUUGUAGGCGAUGUUGUCGAUUCUCAUGAAAAGAAAGAUAUUCAAAAUGAGUACAGGAAGAACUUCAAAUCUGCUUUUCAUAGUGAAAAGGAGAAAUUUGGCUUUGAACAAGACGCUUCAAAUAAAGUUGACAAUAAGGUCGUCGCUAAUGGAUGUGCUUAUGAUCCUUCGUGGUAUAAAGAAGUCAUUGAAUUGAGGAAAAAAGCUGGCGAAUACCGAAAUCGUGGGUGGAAAGGUGAAACGCAACGUGAGUUGUACAACAAACAAGCUGAAUUGUGGGAUCAAGUGUCGCGUCGCAGUUCAUUAAGUGCUUUAUCAUUAGCUUCCUCUAUCAGACCGAUAACAAAAGAAGACAAGGAGAGGGAAAACAAGAACAAAAGUUCACCGACAAAGCCAUCGGGACGACGUUUUCCAGGAUCAGCUCGUUUAGUUGACAAUCGCACUAUAACUGAUGGAAAUCUUUAUGGACGUUUAAAACGUGAAACAAUUCGUCAUCAUUUGGAAAGAACAACUGGUCCAGAUGUUGAAGAAGGAGCUUUAUUACCAUCACCAACUCGCGAGAAGUUAAUGCCGGUACUGCCUCGUUCAAAGACUGGUAGUCCACAACGAGGCAGCCCUCAGAAAACAAUAAGUUCUAGACAUGGAAGUCCAAUGAAGGGAAGUCCACAGAAGAGUCCGAAGAAGAUUUCAAAAGUUGGACGUUCACAAUCUGUUGGUCCGACAGUCACUGAUGGAGGGUCACCUAAGAAGCAACCAAAGCCUAUGAGUGCUUCUAUCACUGCUGCAACAACUUCGUCUGCUGCUAAAGCUUAUAACAACCGUAAGACUCCGGUCUCAACUCCAACUGCUACUGCCGAUCAUCAACCAAGACCAAUCCCACAAAGUUAA